GACUACUGAGUGGAACCUUUCGUCCUAUCGCUUCUUACAACAGGGGGAUUGAAGCCGAAGGCGGUUAAUCAAAAUGCCUGAGGAGAUGGCGGAUGGAGGGAGGAAGCUUGUAACGCUCGACGACCUCAUCGAUGCUCUGGAUAAGUGCGAGAGGGCGCCGAGCAAUGUCCCGAAGGUUGAUACUUUCCACUUCAAGGGAGAACAGGUGUCCGACUGGCUGGACCUGACGGAGCAGGCACUGGUGGGGCUGUCGGACGAGGUCAAGCUCCAGCGAAUCCUAAGGUAUGUCCUUCAUAGCCACCAUCAGGAAGUGGGCAAGGUCGUGGAUGCCGCCAAUGGUAGUUGGGCGAGGUUCAGGGACAUGAUGCACAGAAAGUACAGGUUGGGGGAUGGCUUGCUAACCAUGGCGGAUUUGGAGGCCAUGAACAAGGAUGACUUCUCCACAAUUGGGGCGUUUGUGCACGAGUUUAAAAGGAAGGCGCGGAAGGGGCACGGGAUCUCCGAAGAAACGCAGUGUGCCAUAUUUUUGGGUCUGCUUACUGGCUCGGAGGCCUCGGAGCUGACGGGUCACGGAGGGGGAAAUGAGAAACUCACCUGGGUCACUAUCGACAAAGGGGUGGAAGAGGGGAGCCUGGACCAGGUGGAGCAGCACCAGGUGCGGCUGCAAAGGCGCAAGAGAAAGGAAAGGGACGCCAGCGCGUCCGGGACCCCAGGGGUGAAGAGAAUCGUCACGGACGUAUUGGCAGCGUUGGGGUAUGAUAAUGAGGCGGAAGUGCAGAAGACGGGGGUGACCGUGGCCCAAGGCCGGGCGUCGGGGGCAGUGGAAAAGGAGGCUAGGCGCGAGGACUAUGGCGGAGAAGAGACGGGCUCCCAGAUCCUAACCAAGGCCCAGAGGAAGCAACGAAAUUUACAAGUGGGGGGUCAAGGAUCCGGAAAAGGGCAGGUCCCGCAAGCGAUUGCUGCGCCUCCACCUGCUGCCACGACAACGUCAGCGACGGGCGGGCCGUCGUGUAUGGGCCGCCGCCGGCUUGUGGGCAUUGGGUGUCGCAUUGUCAACCUACAUUCUGGCCCAGUUGUAAUCACUGCGCCUCGUGCGGGGGUAGUCAGACUCAGCUCGGGCAAAUGGUCCCUUAUGCGGCCCAGCGGCAAGUAUGGGGCCCCCAAACUACCCUGCGGCCCAAGGUCAGUUUGUGGUCCAACCACCUCCCUCCAAACAGGCCUCGCAGGUCAGUGUGGCCGGUGGAGGAAACCAAGGCCAAGGGGGCUGGGAGAGUAACAGAGAGUGGUGGGAGAAUGUACGACAGGCAGGGGCGAG